AUGGGGGAACAACAAAAGCCAAUAUGGACCUGUCUUAUGUUCAACAAUGCUGCAAGGCCAAAAGCAUAUUUCACAAUGUGGAUCAUGAUGAAUCAAAGGCUAGUAACUGUGGAUAGACUGGCAAAGUGGGGAGUUGAAGUAGAGAAGACUUGUGUAUUGUGUGAGAAUGAGGAAGAAACUGCAGAACAUGUGUUUAUACAAUGUAGUUUUGCAAGAGGACUAUGGGGGAGACUGCUAAACUGGACAGGAAAACAAAUUGAUGUGCCAAUGACAUGGGAGCAUUUUGUGCAAUGGUGCAUUAUUCAUGGGAAGGGGAAGAGAGCAAAAGCAAUGAAGUUCAAGACUAUACUUGCUGAAGGAAUCUAUGGCCUGUGGAUGGAGAGAAAUAGCAGAGUGUUUGAGCACAAGAGUAAAACUGAGGAUCAACUUGUUAAGGAGAUAACCUACAUUACUAUUGUUAGAACUUCUACUAGAUUUAAAGGAAAUGUAAGUCAUUAUGGUGUUAAGUAG